AUGCCAAUUCCGACUGAAGUUGCGUAUGCGGAUUACGACGCCGGAAAGAUCACUCGUGCCGAACUGGAGUCUUAUCAGGACAGGGCGGCAAAAGACUCGGUGUCGAGGAUGGAACAGGCUGGCGAAAUGUUUGUCACUGAUGGAGAGCAGAGAGCGAGUUCAUUUGCUACCUACCCUCUGGUAGAGCCUAGCGGACAACCUGGCAGGAGAUGGACAAUACUUUACAGCUCCCUCGCCUUGUCAAAGGCCCUUUCAAGUGAGAUUGAUAAUACGCUAUUUCCAAUUUCCAAGCCAGAAAUUGCAGCUCAUAAUAGAUCACCUAGAUACAAAACGUACGCAUUUGACAAUUUCAAAAAGUCCAAGGGCUACGCGAAAAAAGGCGCGAUGAAACAAGCUGUCAUUUCUCCCAGCAUGCUCUAUUUACUGUAUCCUUUGAACGGGGAGGUGGAAGGGUAUCCGAAAGAGCGGUUUGUUCACGAUCUCGUCAACGAGUGUGAGAAAGAUAUUCGCGGAUGUUUCGAGGCUGGGGCCAAACACCGUUUCACAGCAGAAGAACGUCGAAAUAUCGGCAUCCACACUUGCCCCGGUGGAGACUGCGACUCUGUGCAUUCAUACGAUGUCGCCUACCAUAAACUGUUCCCAUCUCUAUUCAGAAUCAAUGCUGGAUACUUUUUGAUCCAGCUGGCUUCGGAAAAAGAUAAAGAAGGGGUAUACAAAUUGAUUGGAGAGAAUAUUAGGAAAGAUGCCAAAGGCGUUAAGCAGGUUGCGUUCAUCGGAGUCGUGAACACACUGGAUCCAUCCAUUGAGUCGCCAGAGGAUAUCGCUGAGGCACUGAUCACUGCAAGCAAGUAUAUCCCUCUGGACCAGCUUGGCGCAACAGACGACUGCGGAUUCUCUCCGUUUUCAAUAGACCAGAAACCAAAAUAUGGAAGCCCUGACUUUGCGCGAGACGUCGCCUUCAAGAAGAUUGCCAACAGGGUCCAAGGUGCUCGGUUAGCGAGUGCAAAGCUGGGGAUCUAG